AUGUCUCUCUCUUCGAAACUUUCCAUCACUGACGUCGACCUUAAGGACAAGAGGGUGCUUGCCCGUGUCGACUUUAAUGUUCCCCAGGAUAAGGCUACUGGUGCCAUCACUAACCCGGCCCGUAUCGUUGCGGCUCUGCCUACGAUCAAGUAUGCUCUCGAGCAGGGUGCCGCCUCGGUGAUCCUCAUGUCCCACCUCGGCCGCCCGGACGGCAAACCGAACAAAAAAUACUCCCUCGAGCCCGUCGCAGCCGAACUCGGCAAGCAGCUCGGCGGCAAAGACGUCCUCUUCCUCCCGGACUGCGUCGGGCCGGACGUCGAGAAGGCCGUCAACGCCGCGCCCAAGGGCGCCGUGAUCCUGCUCGAGAACCUGCGCUUCCACAUCGAGGAGGAGGGCUCCGUCAAGGACAAAGAAGGCAACAAGACCAAGGCGGACCCGGCGCAGGUCGAGGCGUUCCGCGCGGGCCUGACCGCGCUGGGCGACGUGUACAUCAACGACGCGUUCGGGACCGCGCACCGCGCGCACUCGAGCAUGGUCGGCGUGCAGCUGCCGCAGCGCGCGAGCGGGUUCUUGGUGAAGAAGGAGCUCGAGUUCUUCGCGAAGGCGCUCGAGCACCCCGAGCGGCCGUUCCUCGCGAUCCUCGGCGGCGCGAAGGUGUCGGACAAGAUCCAGCUGAUCGAUAAUAUGCUCGAUAAGGUCAACUCGCUGAUCAUCUGCGGCGGCAUGGCUUUCACGUUCGCCAAGGUGCUCAAGGGCGUUGCCAUCGGCGACUCGCUGUUCGAUAAGGCCGGCGCGGAGAACGUGCAGGCGCUCGUCGACAAGGCCAAGAAGAACAACGUCAAGCUCGUCUUCCCCGUCGACUACAUCACCGCCGACAAGUUCGACAAGAACGCCACGACCGGCACCGCGACCGACGAGCAAGGCAUCCCCGACGGCUGGAUGGGCCUCGACGCGGGCGAAAAGUCGCGCGCGCUCUACAAAGAGACCGUGCUUGAGUCCAAGACGAUCCUCUGGAACGGCCCGCCGGGCGUCUUCGAGUUCGAGGCGUUCGCCGGCGGCUCCAAGGCGCUGCUCGACGCGACGAUCGAGGCCGCGUCCAAGGGCGCGACCGUCAUCGUCGGCGGGGGCGACACUGCUACCCUGGCGGCGCAGUAUGGCGCGGAGAGCAAGCUGAGCCAUGUUUCGACGGGCGGGGGCGCGAGUCUGGAGUUGUUGGAGGGGAAGACGCUGCCGGGUGUUGCUGCGCUGAGCGAGAAGUAG